AUGGGCAAUGUGGUCAGUGUCGAGAUGGGAAAAAUAGUAGCAUCCAGACUUGAUGCGGUCCACCACACCUUGAGAUCUUAUCAAGCGUCUUCCAUGUUCAGUACUCGCCACUUGGAGACUUGGAGACAGAGACUCUGUGCCAAGCUGAUCGUUUUGUUCGGUAGCGACGGCAUAACUCCAAGUUUCUGGCAUGAGUAUUUGCCACCGGCUCUGGCAAGGGCGGCCUUAGCUGUGUCCAAUAAUCGCGAUCGUGACGUUGAUGGUGCUGCUUUCUACACCCUAGAGACUAAAGUGUUCCAGUUGAACACGGACUGUUUGGAAGCGCAGCAUGUUCAGCCGGACUCAGCAGCCAUCUAUCGAACGGUGGGCGUUGCGACAAGGGAACAGUUGCUCAACCACGCUUCCACACUUCGUAACCUCGCGCGUCCACCUCAACGCGGGCUUCAAGACAUGAUGAUUCAAAGCACACUGACACAACAACCCUACCAACCCCUCACCGAGAGACAAGACGACGCCGAGAAGCAACAAUUGCCGUGCGCCCUUACUUCCACCAUGUCUCUCAGUCUGUCUCCAAAGAUUACGCCUAUUCGGUUUCUGCGGCCGCAAAAGGGCACUCGCUCAGUCACUGCCCGCUGCCUCGCCGCCGUGCCGUUCUCCGCAUCUCGAUCUGCAGUUACGCGCCCUUCUUCAUACUUCAUCCUGUCCAUACUGGGGCAGAAAUCCGUCAAUAUCAAACCCAUCAUGCGCCAUGCGCAGAAGCGGUCUAAGCCCCCCGGCCACGCCGCGGGAACGUUUCCGAACCACUUCAACAACUACCGGCGCAAGCUGGCGGGGGGCUGGAAAAGCGCAGUUCGCCAGCCCAGUGAGCCCACUAGAUGCAAGUGCAAGGGGGAGAGGAACAAAAAAGACCGCAAAGACCAAGCUCUGGCUUAUCGCCACCAUGAAUUGCGGGGAGGAGGAGGUGACAACGCUCAGCUCAAUGCAGGCAAAUGUCGAGAACAGAUUCCAUCCCACCCAAUCACGUUUGGGAAAUACACCUUUUCUCUGGCAUCUAUCAAGCCACGCUGUAUCCCGAUAGAUCUGUCGUUUCCCACCUUGUCCAACUCGAGCUGGGGCCUAGACCUUUUUCCCUCACCGCCCCCUUCGUGCCUCCGUCCGCUUGCGGCCUGCGGCUUGCAGCGAAAACCCGGCAUAUCGGGUUCCGCAUUAACUGACUUGUCACUGCUGCAAGAAACGAAAAAUAAAGUCUUCAACCAGUUUUUGAUUAUGCCAAAUCCGACAGUAUGCAUCCAUUGCAUUGAGACCGCCCGCGAAUUGAUUCCUCGAUAUCCAGAGAAAGACAGAAUAACCCUCGUCGGUGCCCACAACGACCGCUACGAGGAACCCAAACCAGCAAACAGGAGCAGGGGCCGGAUGAGAAAGCGACUCGCCAACCUAUGCCCUUUCCAAUGA